AUGGAGAGGAGAACGGUCCGGGUCCUGCUCGAAGCGGCAGUUCCGGCGGCGGCGGCAGCAGCGGCGGCAGCCAACAAGCCUCCGGCCGCAGCGAGAGAACGAGCUCUGCCGCCUCCGCUGCCUCCGCCAACACCGCUCCGCAAGGCGGUGACGAUAGCGACGAAGCUGGCGGUGGUAGCGGCGGCGGCGGCGGCGGCGGCAGCGGUACGGCCGAGAGGUUCCUAA